CCGUUCUCAACUAAUACUAAGUGCUGAUCGUGAGCAGCGAACGCAAAGCAGCAAGCUUAUCAAAGAAGAAACAACGUGUCAUUGUUACCGCAACAACAAAGAUGGACAGUGUGCUGGACCCUUUCUCCGGACUCGACUCUUUCUCCUCCCCUCCUUAUUUCGACGAUGACGAGUUUUUCACCGACCAGUCCUCGAGAGACGGACAGUUGGACACUGAUGACUUUUUGGAUGACGACGUCGACUUCCUCACCACUCACUUCCAAGAUUAUUACAGCAGGGACGGCGGUAGCAGAGCAGCGCCUCACGAUGGAGACUACGACAUCGGCAACUUGUCCUUCUCUUCCUCAUCCUCCACCUUUUCAUACGGCUGCGCUGACAGCACUCCGGAUCUAUCCCCCCAGACGUGCCAUCACGGCGGGCCGUUACAGAAGCGCAGGAGGCGGAUGAGGUCUGAGAGGGAGAUGCAGCAGCUCAGGCAGGCGGCCAACGUCAGGGAACGGCGGAGGAUGCAGUCUAUCAAUGACGCGUUCGAGGGGCUUCGCUCCCACAUCCCGACCCUGCCCUACGAAAAAAGACUUUCCAAGGUGGACACUCUGCGCCUCGCCAUCGGCUACAUCAACUUCCUCGCCGAGCUCGUGCAGUCUGAUCUGCCUAUUAGAAACUCUAGCAGUGAGUUGCACGCGCAACCUAAGAAGGUCAUAAUCUGUCACAGGGGGACAAGAUCUCCCUCCCCCAGUGACCCGGACUACGGCCUGCCUCCGCUGGCCGGUCACUCUCUGUCCUGGUCGGAUGAAAAACAACUCCGGGAGCAGAACAUCAUCCGCACCGCCAAAGUCUGGACACCGGAAGACCCCCGAAAACUGCACAACAAACCGGGCGUCGCAGAUAUUGAAAACGAGCCUCCUUUCAGCCUUGUUGCCUAAACAAAAACAGUCACUCUGACUUCUGUUGUAAAACGCAUUCUGUAAAUGUGCGGACCAUGAAGUGGGUUGUGUUAACCGAUGUUAAUGUGCACUUAAAGGCGCACUGUGAAAAUGUGAACAUUAUGUGAGCUUACUGUACAAUUUCCGAUAUUGUUUUCAAUAUUGUAAAUAGUUUUAUCAUGUUGAUAAUUUUUUUUUUCAUUUUUGUAAUUCAGGCAACUGGCAAUCAUGUAUUUAUUUUUCACAAGGGAUAAUAUAUGUUUUAAUUUAACUGCAAUGAAGAGAGAAAAUAUUUUUAUAUUGUAUAAUGAAUUAUAUUUAUACACAAUCUGCAAAUAAAAGCACCUACUCCU